UUUGCUUUUGCGUGGCUUUUGCUGUUUGUCGGGGGAUUCCGGUACUUUUUUGUCUUUGUGAUUUGUUGAGUUGAUCAAUAAUAUCCCGUUUAGUGAUCAAUGCAAUGUUAAAAAUCAUUGUAAAAGUUAAGAUGUAUUAAUAAAAAAAAAGACUUCAGACCGUGAUGGUGGUUUAUUAUGAUAAACACAUUAUUAAUUGUAAACAAUCGGUGUACUUUCAUUUUGUAAAAUUGUGCGUACCUACUUGAAUAAUGGAGGUAGAAUCUUUACUUGAGAAAUCACACUGCCGUGUGUGCGGUGUGGUUGAUGAGUACUAUGACGAGUUUUCUGGUAUUAACCACGAAGAUACUCCAAAACAUUUGUGUAAUGUUAUAUUGCGAAACUAUGUAGUUAACAAAUCAUACUUCAGUAAGAACAAACACGGCGUGUCUAUAUUUGGUCAUGCAGAGAGUUUACCGUUGAAUGACGCUCCUGUUAUGAAAAUUGAAAACUGUGACACUCAUAAAAUGAGAUUAUAUGUGAAACCAACUCAAACUGUGAACUUUACUUUUGAUAUCAUCAAUGAAAUGAAAAGUGAAGAUUUACUUAUUAUUGGCGUUCAACUGGCCCAUCCUCAGCCACAGUUUCAAACUGUUCAAAAUCCAUUCAUCUUUGGUCAAGAACCCAAACUUAUUGCCAAAAAAUCGGAAAUAAAGGGAUCAAUCGUCAUUCAAUUCCAUGCCGUGGAUAUUGGUCACUAUGAAAUGCCAAUCAUGUUCACACUGUUUCGUCAGUGUGAUCAAAAGAAUUUAAUUUUCGUCCGGGAAAUGGUUGUGUCGGUUCAAGAAAGUCAAGAUGCAACCACAAAUGUAAAAUAUCCAUACACAAACAAGAAUUGGGAGAAAUCAUCGGUUUGUGUUGGUUCGACAACUCAACCGCAACAAUCAAACUUUAAAAUCCCCAAGUUGUUGAAGAAACUCUUGCCUUUGGGCCUCGAAGAAAGUGCAUUGGAAGAGUUACAUGAACGCCCUGAGAUGAUGAAACAGCUGCGAAUAGUACUUCAGAAAACCAGGCAAAUUUUGGACGAGGGAUACACUAAAAAGAACUAUAUAGCAUUUUUUCAUCACCUACUCUGGUGGGAGGAAAUUGUCGCCAGGAUUAAUUUGAAGAAAUACAACAUGUUCGAAGUUACGAUAGACCAAAGAAAUGAAUACUACUUAUUGGAAGUUCCCGGUUUGGCAGAGAAGCGACCAUCAUUAUUACGAGGAGACCGGGUUUACAUACGGCCACGUCACGCUGCUUCAUACGUGUUCGAAAGUACCAUAAAAGAGAUUGAGGAUAGCACAGCUUUAUUGACUGGCUUGGAUGAACGGUUCAAGCAAUACUACGAUCCAGAACUAACAUACGAUAUUAGGUUCAUAAUGUCUCGCAUCCCCAUGGAGCGGAUGCACGACGCGGUGAACAAGUUGUUUGAGAGCAAGCAAGAAAGGCGCGUGUUCCCGGAGCCUGUGAGGAAGCAGAUCCCAGCGAAGCCUAUCAACCAAUUCUUCAACCCGCUGAUCCAAGGUAACGCGGAGCAGCGCUCGGCCGUAGAACACAUGGUUUCGGGCACUUCGGGCUUGGCUCCAUACAUCGUGUUCGGCCCGCCGGGGACUGGCAAGACUAUGACGAUCGUUGAGGCUAUUUUACAGAUAGUGUCUCGUAACACGAAAAACCGCGUGUUGGUGUGCACCAACUCCAACAUGGCGGCCGAUCACGUCGCUUUGAUGCUUCUCCAGUUUCAUAAAAAACUCAACAUUAAUAACUUCCUGUUUCGUGCCAACUCACAGUCCCGGGAAUGGACGACGAUGCCUCCGGAGCUGGCGUCGGUGUCGAACGGCACGAGCUACGAGUCGUUCUACCCGGUGAGCAACGUGCACGUCGCGCAGUACCGCGUGCUCGUCACCACGCUACUGCACGCAGCUAAAUACGCUUCGGGGCGCAGUCAGGCGGUGCACCGGCUGCAGAUGUCGCACGUGUUCGUGGACGAGGCCGCGCAGGCCAUGGAGCCGACGGUGCUGGUGCCGGUGACGGGGCUGCUGGCGCCCGCCGGCCGCCUCGUGCUGGCCGGCGACCCGCGCCAGCUGGGGCCCGUGUGCAUCUCGCGCGACGCCCGCGAGCGCGGCCUCGGUCAAUCACUACUGGAGCGUUUAAAAGAGACGUACCCAAACAUGUACUCCUCAGACCCGGACUACAUCACUAUGCUGGUCAACAACUUCCGAUCAGAUCCCGACAUAUUGGCCAUUCCCAAUGAACUUUUCUAUGAAAAUAAUUUGAAGCCCUUAGCUCCAUUAGACCCGUUAUCUAAGGUCAGCAUCCUUGGCCUUCCGGGAGGUGACAAAGCUACCAUCUUCCACGCUGUGCACUCGCGUGAACAAAGGAUGGGGAAUGCACCCAGUUACUUCAACGAAAAAGAAUUAGAAAUGGUGAAGAGAUACACAAAAGCUCUUAUGGAAUCUCACAACGUGUUACCGAAAGAUAUUGGAAUUAUCGCACCAUAUAUCCGACAGGUGUACAAAAUAAAGAAUUGGCUCAAGAGCGUGAACGUGUCUGGCAUAGAGGUGGGCACGGUGGAGUCGUUCCAGGGCAAGGAGAAGCGCGUGAUACUCGUGUCGACGGUGCGCGCCAACUGCCGCCUGCUCGAGUACGACGCGCGGUAUGGACUCGGCUUCUUGGUGGACGAUAGGCGAUACAAUGUGACACUGACGCGGGCGAAAGCAAAAUUGAUAAUAAUCGGGAACCCGACGUGCCUCGUCAGGGAUUUCAAAUGGAGGAAAUAUAUGGAUUUCUGUAAGGAGAAGGAAUGCUACUUCGGCCAUGAGACUGAACAGGUGGAGCGCACAAGCGCAUUGCUUCUAGAAGUUGCUAGAACACGCUUCGAUCGAUGCCGCCUCACACAAGCGCUCAAAAAUUAAUUUUUAUAUAUAUUUUUUUAUAAAAUCAUAUACAUUUUCCUGUUGAUUUAUAUAUAUAUAUUUGACAAGCUCUGAGCUAAAGUUCGACCAUUUGUUGAUACCCAAAGAUUUUAUUACCUGCUAAGUUUAAAAUGAUGUACCACUAAAAUAUAUAUUU